GCUGCCCAGCAUGGUCCAACCCCCUCGGGCUAUAUAGCAUGGGGUGAAGGCUGUCGAGCCCCGUAUAAUCCACGAUGGCAUACAUCAAGGUUUCCGGGACUAAGCUCGUCGAUCAGAACGGGAAGGAAAUCAUUCUGCGCGGUGCAGGCCUCGGAGGAUGGAUGAACAUGGAGAACUUCAUCUCCGGAUACCCCGGUUGCGAGUUUCAGAUUCGCGCUGCCCUCGCCGAAGUAGUGGGAAAGGAGAAGUCUGAGUUCUUCUUCGACAAGUUCCUCGAGUACUUCUUCUCUGAAGCCGACGCAAAAUUCUUUGCCAGCCUUGGGCUCAACUGCAUACGUAUUCCGUUUAACUACAGACAUUUCGAAGAUGACAUGAAUCCCCGCGUGCUCAAGAAGGAGGGCUUCAAACAUCUCGACCGCGUCAUCGAUAUAUGCGCGAAAUAUGGCAUUUACACCAUUCUCGACCUGCAUACGGCGCCCGGCGGGCAGAACACCGACUGGCACGCAGACGCCGGCACGCACAUCGCAAAGUUCUGGGAGCACAAGGACUUCCAGGACCGGACUGUCUGGCUCUGGGAGGAGCUCGCGAAGCACUACGUCGGCAACACCUGGAUCGCGGGCUACAACCCGCUCAACGAGCCGACGGACCCCUAUCACACGCGCGUCGUGGACUUCUAUGACCGCGUCUACACCGCGAUCCGCGCGAUCGACCCGCACCACGCGCUCUUCUUCGACGGCAACACGUUCGCGUCCGACUUUUCGCACUUCGGCGACGCGCACAAGCGUUGGGACAACUCUGCGUACUCGAUCCACGACUACAGCGUUUUCGGCUUCCCGAGCUCGCCGGAGAAGUACGUGAGCAGCGAGACGCAGCAGCGGCGGUUGCGGCGGAGCUAUGAGAAGAAGCGCGAGUGGAUGGACGCGCGGGGUCUGUGCGUGUGGAACGGCGAGUGGGGCCCCGUGUAUGCGCGCCGGCAGUACGAGGGCGAGCUCACGGACAGCAUCAACGAGGAGCGUUACCGCGUGCUCAAGGAUCAGCUCAACAUCUAUAACAAGGACCGCUUGAGCUGGUCGAUCUGGACGUACAAGGACAUCGGCUUCCAGGGCAUGGUCUACGUCAACCUCGACACGCCGUACAUGACGCUCUUCAAAGACUUCCUCGCGCAGAAGCACCGGCUCGCGAUCGACGCGUGGGGCGCGGACGACACGCACGUCCGGCCGGUGUACCAGCCGCUCAUCGACCUCGUCCAGAAGGAGAUCCCGGCGGAGCACCAGAACCUGUACCCGUUCCCGGUGUGGAAGAUGUCGGACCGCGUCGGCCGCCUCGCGCGCAACGUCCUCGUUUCCGAGUUCUUCGUGCGCCCGUGGGCGGAGCACUUCCGCGGGAAGAGCCUGGAGGAGAUCGAUACGAUUGCGAGGAGCUUCAGCUUUGAGAGCUGCUUGCAUCGCGACGGGCUGAAUAAGAUCCUGACGGACAACGCGAAGCUUGUGGCGGAGUGAUUGUAGAAUCGAAACGACGUGAAACAUAUCAUUCUUUCAAGGAGUGAGGAUGUGAGCAUGGCAUACAUACCUUGUCCCUAGCCUGAAAGCUCGGGGAUGCACAUAACUUUGAGCCUUUCCUCGUAUUCUCAACCUUGUAUCAUACGACAGUCGCUGGCAGCUAAAUCAGGUCUACUGUAAAAACGGGGUAGUUCAAUUAGCAAGGGUAGCCGCAAACAUGGCUGUCGCUUUGUCGCGAUCCGCUAUGGCCAAGGUCUCCUUCGCCUGGAGGACAACUCUGUGAUCCGCUUCACCGCUUGUUGAAGAUCGCCCUCAGGAUUUCUAACGCUUUCGCCUCAAGU